AUGGCUCUGCGCCGCUUCAACCAGGGCGGCAAGAAGCAGAAGGAGCUCUCCGAGGAGCAGAAGCAGGAGAUCAAGGAGGCGUUCGACCUGUUCGACACAGACGGUUCGGGCGAGAUCGACUCGAAGGAAUUGAAGGUUGCCAUGCGCGCCCUCGGCUUCGAGCCGAAGAAGGAGGAAAUCCAGAAGAUGAUCUCCGACGUGGACGACGACGGGAGCGGGACGAUCGGGUACGAGGAGUUCCUGAAGAUGAUGACGCACAAGAUCCUGAACCGCGACCCCAAAGACGAGAUCCUGAAGGCGUUCAGGCUCUUCGACGACGACGAGACCGGGAAAAUAUCUUUCAAGAACCUGAAGCGUGUCGCGAAGGAGUUGGGCGAGCGGAUGACGGACGAGGAGCUGCAGGAGAUGAUCGACGAGGCCGACCGGGACGGCGACGGGGAGGUGAACGAGGAGGAGUUCCUCCGCAUCAUGAAGAAGACCAACCUGUUCUGA